UACAUAGAUAAGGAAGUGUAAGGUGUGAAAACAGGACAAAGUGGCGUUUCGGGUCAGAACCCUUCUUCUUACUGUAAAUAGAGGGGGUGGGAAAUAGGCCAGAACAAAUUAGGGCUAACAACAGAUGACCAAGAAAGGGUGGACCCCAUAAUGGCCCAUUGCUAACUGGGGAAGAGGUAAUAAUGAAGGGAUACAAGGAUGCGAACAGUGAUGAAUGAACCAUACUUCUUGCCAACAUACUAUGCAUCAGCUAAAUGAUUCACAGUCUGUCGUCACAUUCCACCUGUCUUUAUACUUUAGGGAUACAGCUUGGAAACAGGCCCUUCGGCCAACCAAGCCCGUGACAACCAGCGUACAGACGAGGACAAUUUUACAAUUUUUAGCAACGCCGAUUAACCUACAAACCUGUGCGUCUUUGGAGUAUGAGAGAAAACGGAGCACCCGGACAAAGCCCACGCGAUCACAAACUCCGUAUAGACAGCUUCCGUAGUCAGAACCUGGGCCUCUAGCACUGUAAGGCACCAACCCUACCAUGGCGCCACUGUGCCACCGCUGUCAUUGAAUGAAUUGAAUUCUGUUUAAAUUAUAAAACCUCUUGAACUGUCUACUAAGCAUUGUGUUGCACUUAAGCAAGUUGAACUACCGAGUGAUUAUUUUUCUUUGCUUGAGCUCAGUUCAAAUUUUAUACUUUGAGUUUCAACUGAACUUCACUGCAGAAAAUCCUGCCCAAUCAAACAUUUGAAAUAAGUGUACAGUACAUGCUAUUAAUAUAUAUGUACACAUUAUUCAAUGGCAUUUUUGCAAAAUCUUACUGAUAGUUUAGGAAUAAAUUGCUUGGGUGGCUCCACAGAAACCAAUAAAGAAUUAUACCUCUUUACAAUGUGUACACAGCAGCACAGAUAAGCGAAUUGCAUGAGAACAGAGAUGUUGGCUAUUCAGAUACAAUCAAGGCCUUAUCAGUGUCAUAUGCUAUGCUGUGAGAAAGACAGCAUCAGGAGUGCUGGUGCAGAACUAGGAUUCUGGCUUCCAGAUCAUCCUGGAUUGACUCAUAGGGUUUUAUGGGGAAUAUUCUGUGGUUGGUGAGAAGUUGGUAGGUAGAACUUCAGCCAGAACUUUGAUUAUUAUUUUGAGUUGUAACAGUUGUCUUUAACUUUGUCAGCUCACAAUAAUGAAGCUUUGUGAGCCCAUGAUGGAUAUGGAUAUGCCUGAUUACACUGAAACCCUGGAUUCUUCUUAUAGCAUGCUUGAGCUCGAUAACCUGAGGGUACUGCCACCAAAUAACGAGAGUGUUCCAACAGAUGUCAACCACAUCGAAGUGUUGAUGAACAACGGUGUUACAGCCUUGUGCUUAAUCUGUGGCGACCGUGCGACAGGGAAACACUACGGAGCUUCCAGCUGCGACGGGUGCAAAGGUUUCUUCAGGAGAAGCGUUCGUAAAAAUCACGUCUACUCAUGCAGGUUUAGCAGGCAGUGCGUGAUCGACAAGGACAAAAGAAACCAAUGUAGAUACUGCAGACUCAAAAAGUGCUUCAGGGCUGGGAUGAGGAAGGAAGCUGUACAGAAUGAACGGGACAGAAUCAGCAUCCGCAGAACAAGCUAUGAAGAUGUCGGCUCCCUCUGUAUUGCUACACUAGUACAAGCAGAAGCAAUGUCUUGUCAGAUUUCUGCUUUAAAUCCUGUGAAUAUUGCUGAAAUUGCAAUGAAGAGGAUCGCAACCAUUAAUGAUGUCAGUGAGUCCAUGAAACAACAGCUGCUUGUGCUAGUGGAAUGGGCAAAGUAUAUCCCUGCCUUCUGUGAAUUGCUACUGGAUGACCAGGUUGCACUACUCAGAGCUCACGCUGGUGAACACUUGCUGCUGGGAUUGGCCAGGCGGUCAAUUCCCUACAAGGAUAUUCUCUUGCUCGGAAAUGACUUCAUAAUUCCCAGGCACUGCCCAGAGUUGGAGAUUAUGAGGGUAGCCAACAGGAUCCUCGAUGAGCUGGUGAAACCUUUGCUCGACCUCCAGAUAGAUGAGAAUGAAUUUGCUUGUCUCAAGGCUGUGGUCUUCUUCGAUCCAGAUUGCCGGGGUGUAACCGAUUCAGCAAAAAUCAAAAACAUGCGAUUCCAAGUGCAAGUCAACCUGGAGGAUUAUAUAAACGAUCGGCAGUACGACUCCAGGGGGCGGUUUGGCGACAUUCUAUUGCUUCUUCCACCUCUGCAAAGCAUUACGUGGCAGAUGAUUGAGCAGAUUCAGUUUGCAAGACUCUUUGGAGUAGCUAAAAUUGACAGCCUUUUGCAGGAAAUGCUCUUGGGAGGAUCUACUGCAGAGGUAACACAGUACUCACACUCUGGACAUACCAGUAUUGUUCACAAUCCAUUAGGUCAACAUACAGUGAUAUCAUCUGGAAUGUCGCCAGCCAUUCAAGUUCAACUCUCCUCUCCAGAAACUCCCCUGCCAUCUCCAUCUUCAGGUUCUGGAAAUGAAGAAUAUAAACUGCGCCCUGUCAGUCUAAUCCAAGCUCAUUCUGUGUCUAUGCUCGCUCAGACCCUUAUUCCCAAACAGGAAAUAUUGUAAAAACAAUUGGGUGAAGUUCCACGAUGUCUUGAUGUAAACUCUUCCAACUUACUGCAAGCACUUCUACAAAUCAUGACUGCCAUUAAAUAUGUGUUGAGCUGUUGCAUACUCGGAUUGCAAAUAACAUGAUCAAGCAUUAUCAUUUCUUUACACUUUAGUAACAUACAGUAUAUAGAAAUCAAAUGUAAAAUGUUCCAAGAUUACCUGAUAUGUAUCUUAAAUGGUGUGGUAAAUUGGAGAUAAACUAUUAACAUAGAAGAGUACAGCACAAGAACAGGCCUUUCAGCCUAGAAUUUCUGUACCACACAUGUUGCCAAGUGCAAUUUGUAUCUGCCUGACAUAAUCCAUAUCCCUCCAUUCCCUGCAUAUCCAUAUGCCUCUCCAAAAGUCUCAAAAAUACCACCUUCGUAUCUGACCCAACCACUACCUCUUGCAAGGCAUUUCCGGCACUCCCUACCUUCUGUGUAAAAAGACAUCCUGCACAUCUCCUUUAACCUUUGCCCCCUCACCUUAAAGCUGUGCCCUCUGAUAUUUGAAUUUUUUUUAUCUUGGGAAAAGGUUCUGAAUGUCUAUCAUCCCUGCCUUUCAUAAUUUUAUAUAGUUCUAUCAGGUCUCCCUGAUUCCUCUAGCAUUUCAGAGAAAACAAUCCAAGUUUGUCCAACAGCUCCCUGUAGCUAAUAUCCCCUAACCCAGAAAUCAUUCUGGUAAACAUUAUGCAGUCUCAAAGAUCACAGCAUUUCAGGGGGAUAAUUUGUAACUACAAUUAUUAGGCCCCCUUUGGUCAUGGCUGACCAUGGGUGUCGCCAGAGUGUAAUUCCCUAUAUGGAGAAUGCCAGGGCGUGAUUUUGUUUAACGUGGGGAGACUGGUGCAUAGACAGCCACCCCAUGGUCCUUGACAGAUCUGGGUCGGGAUCCAGUGGCAUGGAAUCCAAGACGACCAGAGACCCUUUUCUGCUGCAGCGUUCAUCCACCUUCCCAGCCGUUGUGAUGCUCCACUAAGGUCAGCCAUCAACCUCCGCCUGUUCCACCGUUGAGGUCUUGGUUGGAUUUUUCUUUGCCAGAGACCUCUUCCUCAAACUCGCUGCCAUGGAUGGCCCUACCAGGAGCACAGCUCCAGACGGCAUAGCUCUCAGGAUCUCAGGUCUACAUAAGCUUCUCCACCUUGACAAGGUGACAACUACAAUAAGGUUAUUAACAAUAGGAGCAGAAUUAGGUCAUUCGGCCCAUCAAGUCUACUCCGCCAUUCAAUCAUGGCUGAUCUAUCUCUCCCUCCUAUCCCCCUUCUCCUGCCUUCUUCCCAUAACCCCGGCACCUGUACUAAUCUAUCUUUGCCUUAAAAAUAUUUAUUGACCUGGCCUCCCCAGCCUUCUGUGGCAAAGAAUUCCACAGAUUCAACAUCCUCUCAAAUGCUCGCAAAUGUCCUCGUGAACUAUUUUUCAAUCCCACUGCUUGAAUGAAGUCACACCCGUGAAUACUAGCACCCAGAACUAAAGUGCCACAAACUUUCUGUAUCUGUCUUUGCUGAAAGGCUCUCUCAAAAUUGUGACUGGAUUUUUAGAGGCAGAAUUGUGCCAGCAUUUAAAACAAUGGUCAUCAAUUGAGCUACACUCUGUACUUUCUGUUUCCUUUUACUAUAUUUUUAAUGCAUAAAUGUCACAUUAAAAAUUGAAUAACUUCUUUAUUUGCAAAUUCUCCAGCUUCUUUAUUUGCAAAUUCUCCAGCAU